CAGGAAGAUGGGGCACGCGAUGACAGAUCAAACCUCGAUGGUGCACAGACAGAUCUCAUAUGGAUACAUCCCCGAAUUGGGGUGGUGACCAGAAAAGCACAGAACAUGUGAUGUAGUUCAGCCUGAUCUAGAAGCAUGGGGCUGAGGCUAGUUGACAAGCAAGGGCAACAGAGCCAGAAGAUGGUGAUCUUCGGAGCCAUCUUCCUCCUGAUGACCCUCCUCAUCCUCUAUAGCUCCAACAGCGGCAAUGACAUCAGUCCCUUAUACAGUCCCUUCAGGGCGUCCAUGCCUCAUCACGCCAUCAAGGUCACCGACCUCAAGAAAUGGGCGGGGAAGGAGGGCUAUGUUGCUGUCUAUGGAAACAAGAAUAUGACUCUGCACUGCCACCAUUGUGCCCUGGUGACCAGCUCCAGCCACGUGCUGGGUAGCAGGGCCGGACCGGAAAUCGACCGCACCCAGUGCGUGAUCCGCAUGAACGACGCCCCCACCACAGGGUUCGAGCGUGACGUGGGCAACCGGACCACUCUCAGAGUGGUGGCCCACUCCAGCGUGUUCAGGGUGGUCAGGCGGCCCACCGAGUUCCUCAACCGCACGGAUCAUAGAGCAAACUCUACAGUCAUAUUCUGGGGACCGCCCACCAAGAUUGGUAGAGAGGCUAAAGGAACGCUGUACCGUCUGAUCCAGAGAGUGAGCAUGACCUACAGUAACCUGUCCAGCUUCACAAUCACGCCCAGCAAGAUGCACAAGUUUGAUACGCUCUUUCAGAAAGAGACGGGGCGAGACAGAGCGAAGUCUCAGUCCUGGUUGAGCACCGGUUGGUUCACCAUGGUGAUCGCUAUAGAGAUGUGUGACAAUAUUAAAGUGUACGGGAUGGUUCCACCCAGUCACUGUGGAAGCAUGACGAAGACUUUUGGGUUGAAACGUUGCACUAUAAAACAGCGAGGGGAGCAUUCGACAAUGUGCGGAAAAAAGCCCCAGCCCAAGAAGAUGCCCUACCACUACUACAAGCCCAGGGGCCCAGAAGAGUGUGUCACCUACCUGCAGAACGAGAAGGGCCGAAAGGGGCCCCACCAUCGGUUCAUCACGGAGAAGCAGGUGUUUGCACAUUGGGCCAAGAAGUAUAAUAUCACCUUCACUCACCCCAUAUGGUGAGGUGACUGGUUCCUCUCACAAGGUGUGCCCCCUUCUCUGAAUGGUAGUCAUUUUUCUUGGGAAUUACUGUGGCUCUGUAUUGACUAAGUAUUUCUUUCACAUAUGAAGCUGUGAGCUUGGUUUGGAACCAGUAAUAUGAAUUAGAAAUGUGUUUUUUCUUUUACAAAGCUAUCUAUAAAAGUGUAAAAUCUAAGUUUUACAGGAGUUAAUAAUGUAUUUUAUGUGUACAGCAAGGCAGUGCGCAGAGGGCAACGGAUGUUUAUUGUAAAUAGAAACAAAAUGAAUUAUUUAAAAAAGUAUUUUUACAUGUUUAUAAUGUUUGUUAAAAAAAAAGUCCUCAAACGCAAAUGUUAUAAUACAAGAUAAUAUCAUCUUUCCCAUACUGAGGGGAGAUUGUAUUAUCCAAGAAGUUAAAGGAAUUAAUUUCAGAGACAUAUGCUUAUAGACAGUAUGGCUAAAAUUAAGUGACAUGUCGUUUGUUGCAUUACGUUAUCCAAUCAAACCUUGUGUGGCUUACACUUAACGCAGUAAAAAUACCAACAUCAGAACACUUUAAGCUUACAUUUAUAGCACUGUAGGUUGGCUCGUGCCAACCCAAUGGAAUUAUAACAUGCCUGUUGAAUGUAGGGGUGUUUGAGGUUAAGGCAUUCACUCAACUGUGCUGUGUUGGAUGCAGAGUUUGUUUUAUCCUGUCAAACCAUGACACGGACAAACAUUGUCUCGUCAUGUUUGACCCUUUACCUCUGACAUCCCGAAGGAUGCAGCUGUCAGUUUGAAUGAUCCAAAAUAAUGUAUUGCUAGCAUUGUGCUGAUCGACUUGUUAUUCUUCAUGAAUGUUCUGUAAUGUGUGUCUUGAGAACAAAUAACAUUUGAAAACCGAUGCAUGUACAUGACGUUUAAUUUCGCAUGGAAUCCUAUACACGGGACAGUAGAAACAUAAGACAAAAGGGUAACAGUGGAUAUAGAUUGAACACACCUACCGACUAGAUACAAAAGACAAGGAGCACCAUCAAGGAUGAUGUCUCAUGACCAAGACAUUUGGUUCUUUACUUGUGCUGUGAUCUUUCUAGCCUUGAAUAAAAAAUGCUGAUAGCA